AUGACUACGACCGUCUGUAACACCCCCAAUUCCCCGCCCGAAUUGUCCGGCUCCAAGUCCUCCAAAUCGUCCUCCUUCCGCUCCUCCUCCCAGCUCUCCGGGUCAGAGGGCAUCUUCACUGAUAUCUCCAACUUUGAGGAGAUUGGGUUGGGCGAUGAUGACACUCCUACCUAUUCCGACGGCACCUCCCCAUAUGCGCGCCCCGGCCUGUCGCGCUCUUCUACCGCUAGGCUCUCGGCCAAAUCUCCGGUGACCACCACACGCGACCUGACGGCAACCCCCAAACCACACCGAACCCAUACACCGCUACAGGGCCACAAAAAUGGGUCGUUGACUCUGCAGACCCGAACUAGCUCUAGACGCGGUGCGGGCAACAAGCGCGACCCUAGUAACGCCGUGUUGUCACCUCUGCAAGCAUCUAAACCUCACCGGUCGCGAUCCACAUCUCCCCUCCGGCCGUCCUCCACGCUAGGAACGUCUCCAUCUGCGCAGAGUCUUGCCUUGUCGCCGACCAAUGCUCGGCCCCCACUCAAUCGGAAACGGUCGUGGCAACCGAACCGCAAGUCGGUGAGGGAAUUAGAAAAUGAAUACCACGAUUCGGACGAGGAACUACCCGAUGAUGCAAGCUUGUGGAAUGUGCCAAUCUCACCUCGACCCGCGCAGGAUCGCCCUCCGUCACGAAGUGCGAGUCCAAACGGUCGGAGUCCUGGGCCUCGGCCCUUGCCCUUCUCGCAUUCGAUUCCCGAGGUUCACGCCCCGGUGUCUCCCGCAACGAAAUCUCCACGCGGAUCCCGCAACGCUCGGCAGACCGUCCGGUCUAGCUCGGCUGGCCCCGAACGAGGCCAAAUCUCACCGCGCAAUCCUCGUCUCUAUUCGUACAAUAGCAUGAUGUCGGAUCUAUCGGAGGAAGCGAAGAUUAUCACGGAAGCUUUGGAAUUCCACGCGGACGAGCAAGAAUAUAAGCGUGGAGAAACUUUGCAGAGUGGUCGGUCUUCCUCGAGUUCGGGCACGGACUCGAAACGCGGAUCGCGGACCACCAUUGAACUGCCUCCAUUGCAGAAGUCUAAUAUUAUGAUUGAUCCUUUGCCCAUUAGUAAGGAGAAGGAGAAGGUUCUGACGCGUACGCGCCCCAGCUGGCUCCCUCCUAAGGAUCAGAAGGAAGAAAAGAAGCACCUGAAGGAAUAUAAGAAGAUGAUGGAACAAUCGCGGGAAGCUGAUAAACGGCGAGCUGCCAAGGCCGCUUCGGCCAAAUGCGAAAAGGAUAACACGCGGGAAGCUCUGCAGCGUAUGUGGGAUGAAUACGUGUAUCCCCACUGGAAUCGCGCUAUUGCUGAAACUCGCACGCGUGAGCUAUGGUGGCGCGGUAUCCCCGCCCGAAGCAGAGGAUCAACCUGGCAGCGUGCCAUCGGAAACGAGCUGUCUCUAUCGGAGGAAACGUACAAAAAAGCCCUACAACGGGCGAAAGAUGUGCGAUCGAAGUCCGAUGAUACCGGCGAGAGCAACAAGAGAAUGCGGGAAUGGUUCGAGACCAUCGAGGCCGAUGCAUCCAAGGCGUUCCCGGACCUGAACCUCUUCCAGGAAGGUGGUCCGCUACGGGAUACCUUGAUUGAUGUGCUGGAGGCCUACUCGAUGUACCGGAGUGAUGUGGGCUAUAUUAGUGGCCUUCACACAAUCGCAGCGCUGCUGGUGCUUCAGUUUCCUUCACCCGCUUCUGCGUUCCUGGCAAUGGCCAACGCUCUGAAUCGGCCCCUGCCUGUGGCCUUUUUGACGCUGGACCGGGGCGCAAUCAGCCGUACAUAUUCGCUGGCGUCUGCGACGCUGCGGUAUAAAUUUCCGCGUCUCGCCACUCACCUGCAGGAGACGCUCCACCUCACGGAAGAGGAGAUUUGGGAACCCAUGUUCCGCUCCCUCCUGACGAACGGUCUAGAUUUAGAGCGCAUCAGCCGCGUCUGGGACUGCUGGGUCUUCGAGGGAGAUCGUAUUAUGAUCCGCGCGGCGGUCGCGAUUCUCGGUUGCUUGCAACCGCAGCUGUUUGGGUUUAGCACUCCGGACGACCAGAGUCGUGCUGCUGUCCGUGGCAUUCUAGGCUGGGGCCCACGUCACGUCGGGACCAUGCCCAAGGGACGCCACAGCGCCCCUGCCGCUUCCGCGACGGGUUUCGGUGGAGGACAGCUCCCCAACGCUGGCGUGGGUGAUUAUUGGGUGCUCACGUCCGCGGGUGAUGAAGAUGGAUUCAUGAAUGAGGUUCGCGAGGCGGGCAAAGUGCAGAAUUAG